AUGACUGCCCCGCCACCCUCUUCCCUCCCUGUUUCUGCGCCCGCGACAGAGAAUGCCACGAGACUCGAGCCCCAGUCCUCCACCGCUUCCUCCAGUGCCGCCGAACUCGCCAGUGCAAAGAUAAGCCUGAAGGCCGCCCUGCGACACUUCACCGACUUCCCCAUCCCAGGCAUUGAUUUCGUCGACAUCCUCCCUCUGUUCGCGUCGCACGCCCUGCACGAAUCUCUCAUCCGCGCGCUCGAACUGCAGGUCCUCGCCUUCAGCAACGGCAAGAAACCUGAUGUGAUAGUGGGACUCGACGCCCGCGGCUUUUUGUUUGGUCCAAGUCUGGCUCUGCGGCUGGGGGCUAGCUUUGCGCCUGUGAGGAAGCCGGGAAAAUUGCCUGGCCCCACGGAACAGGCUGGCUUUGAGAAGGAGUACGGCCAGGACUUCUUUCAGAUCCAGAAGGAUGCUGUGAAGCCGGGGCAGACCGUCUUGGUCGUUGAUGACAUUAUCGCAACGGGGGGAUCUGCGUCUGCCGCUGGAAAACUCGUCGAGCAACUUGGCGGGACAUUAAUGGGUUAUCUAUUUAUCCUCGAACUCGAUUUCUUGAAGGGCAGAGACAAGCUCAAUGCCCCGGUCGAAACCCUUCUCCGGGACGACGUUAUGGGCAAAUAA